AACAAUAUAAAAGAACCCAUGUUACGUCAAAGAGUCCAAUUUAUAUGGAGAACUUUAUGCACAACUUUUGAGUAGAGAAAGAUGAUGAUAUCAACUUCCAUUUGGUCAUUCAUUCUUGUUAUUUCUUCUGUACUUGCACUCUCUACUGCAGUUUCCACCAUAAAUGCAAAUCAGUCCAUCAAGGAUGGAGAGACUAUUGUUUCUUCUGAUGGAACUUAUGAGCUGGGAUUCUUCAGCCCAGGGAAUUCCAAAAACCGAUAUUUGGGAAUGUGGUAUCAAGUCUCUCCAUCAACUGUGGUAUGGGUUGCUAACAGAGAGACCCCUAUCAACACUACUUCAGGUGUACUACAGCUCACGACUUCGGGAAUUCUCAAUCUAUUCAGAAAUACAGGUGAUCUUAUUCCAAUAUGGUCUUCCUAUAUAUCUUUGCCUGUUCAAAAUCCAGUUGCAGAGCUUCGGAGAAAUGGGAAUUUUGUUAUUAGAGAGGAGAAUGAUGAUAACCCUGAUAAGUUCUUCUGGCAGAGUUUUGAUCAUCCAACUGAUACACUAUUAUCCGGAAUGAAGCUUGGGAAGAAUUUUGUGACAGGCCAAGAAUGGAAUCUGUCUUGCUGGAAGAAUAGUGAUGAUCCAGCUCGAGGGGAAUAUACAUAUAGCUUGGAUCCUACUGGAUACCCACACAAUACAAUAAGGAAAGGUGGAAAUUUGAUCUUUCAAACUGGAGCUUGGAAUGGUCUCCGAUUUAGUGGCAGGCCACAGUAUAGUGGUAACACAAUGUAUACCCACAAAGUGGUUAUUAAUAAGGAGGAGGUCUACUAUAUGUUUGAGAUGAUCAAUAGCUCACUAUCGAGGUUGAUGAUAAAUCAGAGUGGCAAAGGGCAGCGUUGGACAUGGCUUCAGCAAGCACAAAUAUGGAACAGUGUCUAUGAGGUACCAAAAGAUCAGUGUGAUAGUUAUAACAUAUGUGGGACCUAUGGUGAAUGCAACAUUGAUAAUAAUCCUAGGUGUGCAUGUUUGGAGAAAUUUGUUCCCAGUUCCAUAGACGCUUAUACCAACGGGGAUUGGAGUAGUGGCUGUACAAGAAAGAAACCACUUAAUUGCCAAAAAGGAGAUGGAUUUCGCAAGUAUCCUCAAAUUAAGGUACCAGACACAAUUUCCACCAGGAUUGAUGAGAAUAUGAAUCUUAAGGAAUGUAAAAAAGUAUGCUUGAACAACUGCUCCUGUACGGCUUAUGCUACUUUGAAUAUUUCACAUGGAGAAACUGGAUGUUUACAAUGGUUUGGGGACCUGAAAGACAUGAGAGAAGUAUCUAAAGGAGGCCGAGAUCUAUACAUAAGGGUGGCCUUGUCUGAUUCAGAUAGGUCGAAAAAUUUAGCUGCCCUCAUAAUUAGCUUAUCAGCAUCAGCAGGAGUUUGUUUACUAGGUUUAACUUUGGCAUUUUGUAUAUGGAAAAUAAAGAAGAAUCUGACGCUGAAGGUAUCAGAAGAAACUCUUAAAAGCAAUUUAAAAGAACACAAGAAUAUGAGCCAGAAGGAAGAUCUGGAUCUGCCAUACUUUUGCUUAUCAACGCUAGUUGACGCGACAAACAAUUUUGCAAAGGUUAAUAAGAUUGGACAAGGUGGAUUCGGGCCAGUUUUUAAGGGAAUAUUGGAAGACGGACAAGAAGUAGCUGUUAAAUGCCUCUCAGAAACUUCUAAACAAGGAACGAACGAGUUCAUGAAUGAGGUAAAAUUUAUUGCCAAACUUCAACAUCGAAAUCUUGUAAGGCUUCUUGGAUACUGCACUGAUGGGGAAAACAAGAUGUUGAUUUACGAAUACAUGCCUAACAAAAGCUUGGACUGGUAUCUAUUUGAUGAAUUUCGCAACAAGUUACUGGACUGGCCUCAACGCUUCCACAUCAUAGAUGGAAUUGCGCGGGGUCUUCUUUAUCUUCAUCAAGAUUCUCGCCUGAAAAUUAUUCACAGAGAUAUGAAAGCAAGCAAUAUUCUGCUGGACAACAACAUGAAUUCGAAGAUAUCUGACUUUGGCACUGCAAGAAGUUUCAUAGAAAAUGAGAGUCCAGCAAACACAAAUCAAAUCGUUGGGACAUUCGGUUACAUGCCCCCAGAGUACGCGUUGGAAGGACUAUUUUCUGUAAAAUCAGAUGUAUUUAGCUUCGGAGUUCUGGCACUGGAGAUUGUGUGUGGAACUAGAAACAGAGGAUACAUUCAUGGUGACCGCAUCCAAUACCUACCUGAACAUGCAUGGAGACUACAUAAAGAAGGCAGAUCACUGGAACUGGUGCAUCAAAACAUAAGGCGCAAGUCUCGCUAUAGGCAUGAAAUGAUCCGUACCAUCCAUAUCGCUCUGUUAUGUGUGCAACAAUGUCGCGAAGAGAGGCCAAAUAUGUCGACGGUGGUUCUAAUGCUCGGAAGCAAAGGAGACUUGCCGAUGCCUUCACAACCUGGUUUCUAUUCUGAGAGAAGUACUGUUGGAAGUGAGGCUAGCGACAUUACUAUAUUACAAGGUCGAGGUUACAUCAACAAGAUUAACUUAUAUGAGAAAGUAAACUUGAUUGAUGAUUUGAUGAGUGGAGAUAUGAUGAUGAGGAAAGCUUUUGCAAUCAUCCUCUUUACAUCUUCUUUAUUAGCAAUAGCUACUGCACUAUCCACCAUAACUGCAAAUCAAUUCAUCAAGGAUGGAAACACUAUAAUAUCUCCUGAUGGAAAUUUUGAGCUGGGAUUCUUCAGCCCAGGAAAAUCCAAGAAUCGAUAUCUGGGAAUGUGGUUUCGAUUCUCUCCGUCGACUGUGGUGUGGGUAGCUAACAGAGAGACCCCUGUGGAGACUACUUCAGGGGUGUUGAAGCUGACUGCCUCAGGAAUUCUGCAGCUUCUCAGCAGUGCUAAUGAUCUGGCUCCGAUAUGGUCUUCCAAUGCGUCGGUUUCUGUUGUGAGUCCGGUGGCUGAGCUUCGGGAACAUGGGAAUUUUGUUGUGAGAGAGGAGAAUGAGGAUAGCCCUGAUAAGUUCUUGUGGCAGAGCUUUGAUCAUCCAACUGAUACUCUGUUGUCUGGAAUGAAACUUGGGGAGAAUUUUGUGACAGGUCGAGAGACGUAUUUGAGUAGCUGGAAGAGCAGUGAUGAUCCAGCUCCGGGGGAGUUUACCUAUAGCAUGGACUCUACUGGAUAUCCGCAUAAUGUGAUCAGGAGGAAUGGAAUUGAGAUUUUUCAGACAGGGGCAUGGAAUGGACUUCGGUAUAGUGGGAGGCCCAAGUCUACGGGGAAGAAGACCUACACUCACAAAGUGGUGGUUGAUAAGGAAGAGGUGUAUUAUAUGUUUGAGGAGGUGAGUAGCUCCGUGUUGAGGCUGGUGAUUAAUGAGAGCGGGAAAGGGCAGCGUUGGAUAUGGGUUGAGAAUUUGCAGAGAUGGAACCUUUUGUAUGAGGUGCCAGCUGAUAAUUGUGAUAAUUAUAAUAUGUGUGGUGUUUAUAGUGACUGCAAUAUUGCUAAUGGACCUGCUUGCGGAUGUUUGGACAAGUUUGUGCCAAACGACGGAGAUGCUUGGGCUAAAGGAGAUUGGGGUGGUGGAUGUAAAAGGAACAAGUCCCUGGAUUGCCACAAAGGAGAUGGAUUUCACAAGUAUCCUCAUACUAAAUUACCGGAUACACUGUCUACCUGGAUUGAUGAGGGAAUGGAUCUCAAGGCAUGUGAAGAAGCAUGCUUAAAGAACUGCUCUUGUAUGGCUUAUGCAAGUUUGAACAUAUCAAAUGGUGAAAGAGGAUGUUUACAGUGGUUCGGAGACCUGAUUGACAUGAGAGAUGUCUCUGGAGGAGGUCAGGAUUUAUACAUAAGGGUGGCUUUAUCUGAUUCAGAUAAGGAGUUCAAGUCCAGUAAGAAAAAGGGGAAUACAGUCAUAAUCAGUUUAUCAGUAUCAGCUGGUGUAUCCUUGCUAUGUUUAACUCUGGUAUUUUGUAUAUGGAAAAAGAAGAAGAAUUCUACGUCGAAGAGAUCACAAGUGAGUCUUAGAAGCAUUUCAAAGGAAUACAGUAUGAGCCAGAACGAAGAUGUAGAGCUACCAUACUUUUCCUUACCAACACUUGUUCAAGCUACCAGCAAUUUUGCAACCACAAAUCUGCUCGGACAAGGUGGAUUUGGACCGGUUUAUAAGGGGAGAUUGGAUGACGGACAAGAAAUAGCUGUAAAGUGCCUCUCAGAAACAUCUAAACAAGGAACCCUCGAGUUCAUGAAUGAAGUUAAAUUUAUUGCUAAACUUCAACACCGAAAUCUUGUGAGGCUUCUUGGAUACUGCAUCCAUGGGGAAAGCAAAAUGUUGAUUUAUGAAUACAUGCCCAACAAAAGCCUGGACUGGCAUAUAUUUGAUGAGUAUCGCAACAAGUUACUAGACUGGCCUAAGCGCUUUCAAAUCAUAGAUGGUAUUGCUCGGGGCCUUCUUUAUCUUCAUCAAGAUUCGCGGUUAAGAAUCAUCCACAGAGAUCUCAAAGCAAGCAAUAUAUUGCUUGAUAUUCAGAUGAAUCCGAAAAUCUCUGACUUUGGCACGGCUAGAAGUUUCAGUGAAAAUGAGACUGCAGCAAACACAAACCUAAUCGUCGGGACAUUCGGCUACAUGUCCCCCGAGUAUGCUGUAGAUGGACAAUUUUCUGUGAAGUCAGAUGUUUUCAGCUUCGGAGUUCUAGUACUGGAAAUUAUGUGUGGAAGUAGAAACAGAGGAUUCUUCCACAAAGACCACCUUCAUAAUCUACUCGGGCACGCAUGGGGACUACAUAAAGAAGGGAGAUCACUGGAACUAGUACAUGAAGACAUAAGCCAUGACUCAGAUUAUAUGCUUGAAAUGCUACGCACAAUCCACAUUGCUCUCCUAUGUGUGCAGCAAUCUCCAGAAGAAAGGCCAAACAUGUCGACGGUGGUUCUAAUGCUUGGUAGCAAAGGAGAGUUGCCGAUGCCUCUGCAACCUGGUUUCUUUACAGAAAGACACAUUGUCAUCGAUGAUUUUAUCGACAGCACCAUGUUACAAGGUCGAUAGAACAUAAAAGAUGGGUGGCACCAAAGUCUACAGCUCUGCAGUGCAGCCGCUGUGAGCUUAAAAUUUUGUGAAUAAUUUCUUGCUUGCCCAAAUGUUUUGACUACAAAAAUGGAUAGCAUUACAUA